GCGGCAUGGGCGGGUUCAACCAAGAAUCCCAGAUUACACAGAGGAUUUCUACAACCGGAUUAAGCUAAGCACCUUAUUUAGCAACAAGAAGUGAAAAUCAUUAAUAAGCCCAUCUGUGGAGCUGGUAUAAAGAGGCCACUGGUCCACGGACACAUUGAAAGUUGGUGGAGAAGUGGAAAAAGCUCCUAUUUCUAUUUAUUAACUCUGACGCUGAUCAACUUCAACACAACAGGAUGGAAUAUUACAAGUUGGCCUUGCUGGUGGUGUUCCUGUCCUAUGCUGAGCGCUGCUGGUCUUCUUCCUGUGUGGUGGACAGCUUCACUGUCAAGCAGGACUUUGACCCGAAAAAAUAUGCAGGAAAGUGGUACGCCCAGCAGAAGAAAGAUCCAGAAGGACUCUUCCUGCAGGACAACAUUUCUGCAGAGUACACUGUCGAAGAAGACGGCACCAUGACUGCUUCUUCCAAGGGUCGCGUCACUCUGUUUGGAUUCUGGGUUGUGUGUGCUGACAUGGCUGCCCAGUACACGGUGCCUGAUCCGUCAACACCUGGCAAGAUGUUCAUGAACUACCAGGGUCUGGCCAGCUACCUGUCUAGUGGAGGUGAUAACUACUGGAUCAUCGACACAGACUACGACAACUACGCCAUCACCUACGCAUGCCGCACACUGAAAGAAGACGGGACCUGUGAGGACGGCUAUGCCCUGGUGUUCUCCCGUAACCCCCGCGGCCUACCCCCAGCCAUCCAGCGCAUUGUGCGCCAGAAACAGGAGGAAAUCUGCAUGGCGGGACAAUUCAAACCCGUGCUGCAAUCAGGAGCCUGCUGAGCUCUCUGACACCUUCCUUUAGUAUGCUGCCAGGAGAAAACACAUCCAGAGCUUUAGAGAUGCAGAGGACAAAGAGCGCAUCAGGGAGACGCAGUUUCCAGUUUGCUGUCUCAAGGGAAAACUGUGUUUGGGACAAUAAAUAUUUUUUAAACAAAA